GAAAGGAGUAUUUUGAGAUGAGAAUUGGAGUUUCGAGUACAUUAAUGAGAUUGUAAUGAGUAAUGAGGUUCUGGGUUUUGUAAUACAGAUAAUGUCGAUGGCAAUUGCCAUCUCUGUGAUACUAUUGUUCGUGGGCAUCGUUGUUAUGGUCUUAAUUCAUUUUUGUAUUGUUGGGAGAGCCUCCAGGAGAGGAUUCAGAAGCACUAGCAUGGGCGGAAGAGGAAGUAAUGGAGGCAAUAGCAUGUCCAUUGAGGAUCUAAAGAAGCUUCCAUUGUUUGAAUUCGAGGUAGGAGACAAGGGAAACGCUCCAGUUGAUUGUGUAGUUUGCUUGGAAAGUUUCAAGAUGGGUGACAAAUGCAGAUUACUACCCAUUUGCAAACACAGUUUUCAUGCUCAAUGCGUCGAUUCAUGGCUGUUGAAGACGCCAAUUUGUCCGAUUUGUAGAACCAGUGCCGAUCUGCAGAAGCGCAGCGUGGUUUUGAUCGAGGAAAAUAGCCAUGCCAGUGAGGUAGCAAUCGAAUUGAGAACCCAAUUGGGCUCAGCUGCUUCUGCUUCUCCACUUCCUAUGAUCGUUUAAUC